CUCAACCGCAAAUUGUUUGGAACUUUUUGCAAGGUUGGACGUCACUCGAAAUUUGAAACCGCAAAAUUGUUCACCCGAAAAUGGAUUCCCCAAAUUCUCGCACAGUUUCCGUGGAGGGACUCAUCCUGGGCCUGAUGGACAGUUUGAUUAAGUUGGUGCCGGAAAAGUCCGCUGCCGGUGAGGGUGGUGAAGGUCCUGCGGAAGGGGGUGCUCCGACGGUGGCUGCCAAGGCGACCACAAAUCGACGGCUGUUGAAGAUGAGGCAGCAGGUGGCCAAACAGAACAAGUUCAUCCAGGACACCAAAAAGCAGAUCCGGGUUCUGAGCGAGAUGGCUCCAAAGUCCGUGUCCGAUCGGGAGGAGCUGGCGUUUUUGAAGAGUAGGUUGGACAAGGAGAACGACCUGUUGAAGAACCUGCUAAAGACGUUGAUUGAGGAGCAGAAGAAGGACGCGAGUCAGCCGUGGGAACCGGUUCGUUUGUGCACCGGUCCCGCCGAUGAUGUCUGUCGGAAUCCGUGGAUGUUGGGCACAGAUCAGAGCGGGAUGGAGCCGCGUUUUUCGUUUGACUCGACGCUUUCGUCGCUGACCUCGCAAGUGGACUUGACCGCGGCCACUAAGGACAUAAGCGAUCGAUUGCAGAAGGAACUGAUGAACCGGGACCGGGUGAUUGCGAUCCUGCAGAGUCGAGUUGAGGCGCUGACGGCGGAUGUGAUGAAGGUGCAGCGGGACAACACUGCCAUCCUGGACAAGACGCCGCGACCUGCGACGAGAUACUGCGAAACGGAUAUGGUCAGUCGGUUGCAGUUUUACAAGGAAAAUACCGACGCUCUGGAGCGAAAUCUGGUGAAGAUGGGUGCGGCGUUGGGUGCGAUUCGGUCGGAACUCGGCACCAACGUCACCGGCGAACCGAUUGGCUGCAGUACGUUAUUGUCGUCGACCAUGGAGUCUUCAACGCAGAGUAACGGACAUCCAUCGUUGACAACCUCGGGCAAAAACGGUCGUCCUUCGAUGACAACGGCGAGCAAAACCGGAGACGAACAGUACGUGACACUGCUGAAGGAACUGGCCAAGAAAUCAGACGAGUGCAAACGGCUCACGGAUCGUCUCGCCAAAAGCUGCAACUGCCAGACGGAAACGCCGGAACAGGUGGAGCUUGAAGCGCUCAAAAGUCGCUGCUCGGAGUUGCUCAACGAGCAGCAAGAAUUUAAGCUGCUUAUCAGAGAGCAGGGUGAGCAGUUGGAUGAGUAUCGGAACAAGUAUCUGGCCGCCCAGCAGAAGGUUGAGGAGCAAAACAUCGAGAUGGCCAAACGGGAUCUUACUAAUCAACGUGUCGAGGAGCAGAUCAACGAAGAGGUGGCGCGAAUAAAGGCCAAAUUCCAGGAAAAAAUGCGACAGCUGGCGCCAUUUCCGCGGCUUUUGGAGGCCGAGGAGAAGAAGGUGAAGGAGCUAAAGAAGUCAAACGAAAAGCUGCUAGAAGAGUUGAAGAAAUCCGUUAAAGAAACCAAAGCUCUGGAAAUUCGCUUGCAAAGUGCCCACGCAUCGCAAAAUGCGGCACUGGAAAAGGAGCACAAUCUGCUGAAAGUCGAGAUGGAACAGGUGCGAGAGGAAAUCAAGAAAGAAAGCAAGAAAUACGAUCAGAUCAAGGAACAGCUGGUGGCCAGUCAGAAAGAAGUGGAAGAUGUUCGCGCCGAAACGGCCAAGAUAAUCGCCCGAACCAAGGACCGAGCCCAGGAGGAUCGCGCCGCUGCUCAAGCACAAAAGAACGCUCUCGAGCUUGAACUGGCCAAAUCUCGUGCCAACGCCGCCGUCACCAUCGGCAACCGGGAAGCUGCCCUGCGCGAGAUGCAAGGCCAAAUCGGAGUCCUGUCUUCGAGCUUCAACGAUGCCCAGAUGCAGAUUCAAUCGCUGCGCCACCAACUCACGUGUCUGCAAGACGACAAAUACGGCUCCGGCUCGCGUGCUUGACCCGAACUCUUAUCGCUACUUCUCUUUGAACAACAAUAAAUCAUUCCGAUAGCGCGUUCUUUA